UAAGCAUGGAGUGAAAGUGAAAGAAGAGCCGAUACCAGUCUCCAGAACUGACUUCCAGUCGUAAUCCAAACAGUUUGGAAGGUGUUUUUGUCUGUGCUUCAACCACGUGUUUAUUCGAGCCACAGCUAUGGGUUGUGCCGUCGUCGAAGCUUAGGAUGCUGUGAUGCCGCCUAUGCUUUCAUUGGCAGGGGGCAUCGGAGGCUCGACAUGGGUGACCCUGUCUAUGUUCCCCCUCAUUAUUAUGGCCCUCACCUACUUCAGAUACAACAAUGUCGACCCUGAGUCAAGGCCCAUCAAUGUCAGACAGGUAUUUCCGGAGUAUGACUUCGUGGUCGUUGGAGGCGGAUCUGCCGGAGCAGUAGUUGCUAAUCGAUUAUCGGAGGUGAAAAAUUGGACAGUUCUACUAUUAGAGGCUGGAGGAGAUGAGACCGAGAUAUCUGAUGUUCCUUCAUUGGCUGGGUAUUUGCAGCUAACUGACUUGGACUGGCAAUACAAGACAUCCCCACCACCAGAAGAAACGGCCUACUGCCUGGCUAUGAAUGAAAAUAAGUGCUUCUGGCCAAGAGGAAAAGUGCUGGGUGGAUCAAGUGUAUUGAAUGCCAUGAUUUAUGUUAGAGGAAAUAAGAACGAUUAUGAUCAGUGGGAAUCUUUGGGCAACCCUGGUUGGAGCUACGAUAAUGUUUUGCCAUAUUUUAAAAAGUCAGAGGACAAUCGUAACCCCUAUCUAGUUAAUACUCCUUAUCACAGUGCAGGCGGGUAUCUAACAGUUCAAGAAUCUCCAUGGAAAUCACCAAUGGCUGUGGCAUUCGUCAAAGCUGGUGAAGAACUCGGUUACACAAAUACAGAUAUCAACGGCGAGAAUCAAACGGGCUUCAUGAUUGCUCAAGGGACAAUUCGUCGAGGUUCUAGAUGUAGUACAGCCAAAGCUUUCCUUCGACCAGUUCGAUUGAGAAAGAACUUACAUGUUGCCAUGAAUAGUCAAGUAAUUAAAGUUAUGUUGAAUACUGAUAAUGAUAAACCAAUGGCUACUGGUGUACAGUUUAUUCGGGAUGGGAGAAAACAAACAGUGCGUGCAAGAAGAGAAGUUAUCUUGUCUUCAGGUGCAAUUAACUCUCCUCAACUACUUAUGCUCUCUGGAAUUGGUCCUAAAGACCAUCUUGAUGAGCUAGGUAUUCCUGUGGUACAGGAUCUCAAAGUAGGAUACAACUUGCAGGAUCAUGUAGGAUUGGGAGGAUUGACUUUCAUUAUUGAUGACCCAAUCACAUUCAAAAAAUCAAGAUUCCAAACUAUCUCUGUAGCUUUAGAGUAUAUUUUGAAUGAGCAGGGACCCAUGACUUCUUUAGGUGGUGUUGAAGGUUUAGCUUUUGUCAACACAAAAUAUAACAACAAAAGGAGUGAUUGGCCCGAUAUCCAGUUCCACUUCGCUCCCAGUUCUGUAAACUCUGACGGUGGCGAACAAAUUAGAAGGAUAUUGAAUUUGAGAGAUAGAGUCUACAAUGUCAUGUACAAGCCACUUGUCAACGCUGAGACUUGGACCAUUCUCCCUCUGUUACUGCGACCGAAAAGCACAGGACGAGUUCGAUUGAAGAGUAAUAACCCUCUCGCAAAACCAAUAAUCGAGCCCAGAUAUUUCACACAUCGGGAGGAUAUUGACACUCUUAUCGAAGGUAUUCGGAUAGCGUUGAAUGUCUCAGCAACAAAGCCAUUUCAAAAGUUCAAUUCGCGACCUCUUACCGUACAAAUGCCUGGUUGCCAGAAACAUCCAUUCGACACAGAUGAGUACUGGGAAUGUGCUUUGAGACACUUCACAUUCACCAUUUACCAUCCUACAAGUACUUGUAAAAUGGGUGUUGAUCCCGAAGCUGUAGUUGAUCCUAGUCUAAAAGUGCACGGAGUGGAUAGUCUUAGAGUAAUCGAUGCUAGUAUAAUGCCGACUAUUGUCAGUGGCAACCCAAAUGCUCCCACUAUUAUGAUAGGUGAAAAGGGAGCCGAUUUAAUUAAAAAAGACUGGUUGUAAGUUAUUGAUUUGCUGUGUGAAUUGCAUGAUAGCCUAGGCCUAUAUCAUCUAAAUAAUCAAAAUAUCCCAUUCAAUUUCUACAAUUCUUGGGUGGCUCGUUGGAUUACGUGAUAACGCAUCGGUCUAAUAAUCAAGAGAACCCGAGUUCGAAUCUCAGCCGGGACAAAAGUUUUUGACCACAGCACAAUCACAUGGAUACGGCCACCCCGACGAUAAGCUGUCUGUACCGAUUACCUAAAAAGUAAUCGUCAUCUCUCAUUUCUCUAACUCAUUAUCACCAGUGCGGUGCGGGCCCGGACCGGAAAAUCGACCUGGACGGACCCGGAAGGCCCUUUCACACCAGACGCCCGGAUCCGGGCCAAAAUUAAAAUUAAAUUUACAAAUUUUUCAGUCUGUGUUCAGGAGUCACAAAGUCUGCAUGUGAAAGGAAUGAAAGAAAAUGUGAUCCAAUAUAGGUUGUUUAUACUUGUAAAAUCACAAUGAUUACCGGUACUUGCUGUUGAGAAAAUUGAUAAAAAAUAAUACUAGAGGGCCCGUGUUGUUCUGCGGUACUGAAUUGAUCAGUUCAUUCAAAAUUAUUUUGUCAAUAAAACAAAAUUGAUCAUAAUUUUGAAAUUGAUCAUAAUAAAUUACGCUAUUUAAAAAAAAUACCUAUUUGCAUUGCAAGCGAUUUCUACCAAUAGCUUGUAAUGCAUGAGAUUGUACUGUAUCAAGUAUGCGCAUUCUCAGACAGCUGUAGCAAGUGGCUGGAAAUAAUUAAUCCAUAAAAGUUAACAUUGCUUAUUUAAAAAUCAUGUUGGAUGGACUUCUGUCCGUAAUUAUAAUAAAAAUAAUCUUGACGUACUGCAAUCAAUAUUGCAAAAAAAUGUAUUCACAAUUCUCAAUGGCGCUAACUAAAUGGAAAUUACUAAACUGUGAUGAAGUUCACAGAAUAAUCAGUACAGUAAUACUGACUCUCCAUUGUUUGACAAUAUUUUUGAUCAAGUGCAAAAUUAACAUAAUGUAUCUGCACCAAUUAUUGUACACUCAGUAUAGCAAAUUAUAAAUGACUCUUUAUAGUGGUGGUAUGAAUUUCUGCUUGAAAGAAUCGUGAUGGUAGUUUACAGAACUUGCUUUUUGCAACUCCAAACAAUAUCCUCCAAAGAGGAAAUCAAACAAAAAACAAUUGAAGAGUACCAAUUUGAUUGAAACUGGUCAAUUAAAUAUCCACUCUCUUUGAAAAAUUUUUCCAAACAAAUAGAUCGUACUGGAAAGCUGUAAAUUGUCGAAUUACAGUCUCCAAUGAUAUUAUCGAAAUGAAACUCAAGCAAGAAUUAAUGUGACUGAUAUCAUGGAUAAAUCAUAUGAUAUCACAAAUAAUUCAACACUGUUGUAUAAAAUGUAUAAAAUAUGUGAUUCAUAUCCGGGUGAAACCAGUCCUUAUCGCACAGGUCUGAACACGUACAUAAGAGUCAAUGUAUAAAACAAUAGCCAUAGGGCCCGCAUUGAAAGUUUGGCACAUGCGGGUGAUUUUCGCGCCCGGAAGAAGUUUUGGUUUGUCCGGGCGCACCCGCUAUGGUGUGAAUAGCCUCAUAAGAUUCAUUAGCCAAAACAUUUUCAUCCGAUCCGAUCCGGGCCCGCACCCCACUGGUGUGAAAGAAGAGCUUAUCCGUGGGCAUUACCCUCAGUAUUAAAUUAAAUUAAACAAUACUUCUAAAAUAUAAUCAAAACAUAACAAAUCAUGUACGAAAACUGUAAGAAAAUUAUCAAAAAAUAAUAAGAGUAGCCUUUCUUUACAGCACUUUCAUGUUGUACCAUAUUCAUAAUGUGUAGGACACACCAAUCAAAAAAUUCAUUCACAACAGAAUCAAAAGAAAAAUGUUUAUUAAGAAGUUUUUCAUACUUGAUAUACACUUCCAUGAAAUAUAUCUAACAUUAUCUUGAAUGUCAUAAAAAUAUGUAAUGGUUUAUCAUAAUUUAUCACUGUUGCAUUUUUUAUACGUUUCUAUUUAAAUGCCAGUUCAUUUGGCAAUAAUCAAUCAAAAAUGAGUGCUGAUCGAUUUAUUAAAAAAAAAAAUGUUUUUCAAUAUUUUCAAAAAUCUCUAGUGGAGGUAUACAUUACAAUUCGACGCAAUCUAUUAGUUCUCAUUAUCCAUUUUUCAAAGUAUUUACUAGUUUUAUAUGCAUCAGCAUUAGAAUAUUCGUGCAAUAAUAGAUUAUACAUUUUCAUAUAAGGUAAUAGUAAAAUUCAGUUAUUCCACUACACUCAUUUUUACAUAAUAUAAAGUAUCUACUUUAGUGAUGAAAUUAUAGCCUAUUAUUACUUUAACCUAUGAUUUAGGCCUACUGAAUAUUUUAUAUUGUAGUAACAAAGGAGCUCUCUCUGGAAAUCAAAAAUUGAAUGCCAUAGGAUGAAAAUCAUAGCCUGAUCAAAAUGACGUUUUUCCUCACUUGUGUGCCAUUAAUAAUUUUAUUCUCUCUAGAAUGUUGAAAAAUGUCAAUCAAUGUCUAUAAAUACAAAAAAUGUGAAUCUAUUAUGAAUAUAAAAAAAUCAAUUCCUUCAAUCCUGUUAAUUCUCUCCAUAUCAUUGACUUGAUUUUAUUGUUAUAAAUUAAUAAACAAGUUAUAAAUAAAACAUUCAAGAGAAUGAAUUAAAAUUGAAGAUUAAAAUUGUACCAGGCAUUGGAAAUAACAUAUUAUUAUGGUUUACUAUCUGCUUCAAUAUUUUUCAAUUCACUUCAUCUUCAAAUGAAGAAAUGAAAAAAAAUUGUGAGGUUAUUAUUAUUAUCAAUAAAAUUUGUAUUUAGUAAAAUUGUUCUUAGCUCAGAAAAACAGUUUCGGUGCCAAAACUGGUGAUUCUAAAAAGUUUUUCUUUUGUGAGAAUACAUCAAUAUGCACAGAGGAAGAGGGAUUUAACAGUAAAAUAUGAAAAUAGAUAUGGUGAGAUUUAAAUAUAAAUUUAGGCUUACUAAUUGACUGAAAACUAAUUGUCUGAUUGCCAACUGACUAUUAUCAUGAAUAAUGACUUUUAUUAAACAUAAGCUAUUGUAGCUUUCCAUUUCCUUUAAGCUCAAUGUUUCAUUUACCAUGUGGAAAAAUAUCAAUUCCAUUGAUUAACAAAUGAAUUUCUCCAAUGACUGUUCAAAUUAAUGAUCAAAACUUUAUUUUUAAUUGUAUGUUGUAUAUGGAAAAUUGAAAAUAUUAAUUCAUUUUGUAGAAGUUGCAACGUUCCUCAGACAAAUAUAUAUUAUAUCGUAUGAUAACACUUAUAUUGGCACGAAGUCUUAAUAAUACUCAACUAACUGUAUCGCCAUAAAUUCAUUAUUCGACAAUAAGUUUAAAAAAAGAAGAUGGAUCAAUGUGUGAUAUUGUUUGAAAACCUCUAAAUACUGUAGACAAUAUAACCACUUCUUAGUUCAGGGGAUUCCUAACAUCAAAAAUGAGUUGAAUUCGAAGGUAUAAAACAAUUCCCCGAAGUUAACUCUCAAAAAAUCAAAAUAUAAUGAAUUUAUUGCAAUGUUAUCGUUGAAUAUUUACAUUUAACAAUAUAUUCUGAGUUUUAAAUUAUAUUGAAUACUAUAGCUUGAUUGAAUACGAGUCUAAACGAAUUUAUAUAUUUCAUCCAACUCACAGUUUUAAUAAAUAGCCUAAUCAUCCUCAUUAAUUCUAUUCAUUCUUACCAAUCAAUAUUCAGUUGAAAAUUCAACUCUUUUGCAAUGAAGAUCUCCUGUGUCGAUUCUCCAUUAUUGUCAGAUAGCGAUUAAUAUGCUCGGCUCUAAUUGGAUAUAUCAAUAACAUUAGUGUAUGAAUGAAUAAUAUAAUCACAUCAUAUCUGAAUUAUUCUCAAUGGAUCCUCAUGCUAACGGUACCUAAUAGAUAAUUUGAUGUAUGUUUCGAAAGAAAUGUUGCUUUAAUGAAUCUCUUUAUUUUUUCUCAAUACGGUAUACUUCUCCAGUCACAUCCUCCUUCAAGCAUUCGUGAAGCACAAUAUGAACAAGUUAAAAAUCAUUGUUUCACUGAAUCCAAUCCUAUCUGGAACAAAUAGUUACAUGAAACUACUACUGUACAACUGUUUUAGCUUCUUAAAUGUGUAUUAUCAUCGUAUUAUUAUUAUUGAAGUGUUUCAUGAAUUCAAUGUAGGUAUUAAAAAAUGUGAACGCGAGUGCUGUGUACUUGUGACAUAAUCAUUUGUGUGUGUAUAUAUAUAAUAAGUAUUUAUAACAGAUAAACUAUCUGGCUUUGAUGUAAAAUAUUCACGUUUGUAGUAAGUAGAUAGCCUUUAUUAAAAGCUCUCAUGAUUUCUUAAAAACAACUUUGUUAAAUCUGCAUCAAAUAUCCAUGACUAAAAUGAUCUGAUUGUUGAAAUUUUUAAUAUUAUUAGGUACUAAAAUGACAUUUUUGAAAAAACUGUUUACAGAUACAAGAGUGUAAUAAAUGAAAUAAAUUUAUUUUGAUUCAUUUUUGUGAACUUAAUAUUGAAUAAAACCAAAAAUGUAUUGAGUUUGUAUAUAAAAUUCAUUUAUUGAAAAAUAAUCAUCGUAUUUGUUAGUAUUUACAUUAUCAUAAUAUAUGGUGAAAAUUAAAAUUCAAGGAUAAGAAAAAUCGAUUGUUCUGUAAUAAACUCAUAAUUUU